GAGCCGGAACUGAUGAUCGCAACCGCGGUGGAUCACGAUCUCUCUCUCUCCGGUGAAAAAGAGCCGUUGCGGCAUCGGCGAACGUGCCAUUAACUUAUUCUAUUCCAGAUAAUGACUGUUUUGCCCUUACCAUCGCGGAAGGAAAAGAGUGGUCGUUUCGUAAUUAACAGGAGAAGAAGGGGGAUUUUUUACUCGAAGUCAGACUACGAAAGAAAGAGAGAAAAAACAUCUGCCAAAGUUCAAUUUGAAAUCAGAUCAGGAGAAUCGGAAUUGUGAGAGAUUGGUGGGUAUUGUAGUGUCUGAACAAUGAAUCGAAAAUCAUCGUCAUCUUCUUCCUCAAUCACCCAGAAGAAGACAUUGUCUCAAUCGCAUCCUCAGCCGCAGCUACCGUCAACGAAGAAGGAGCGGAUUCCUCGAAACCCUUUGAAAAACGUCAACACCAGAAGCUCCGGCGCCGCCGGAAGUAGCAGCAAUGGCGGAUUAUACGGGUCGGUUUCCGGUGAAGCACCGAGCGGUUGUGUCAGGUUCUUGCUCUCCAAUUCUUGUACAUCGUCUUCUUCUUCUUCUUCUUCUUCUUCGGGAGCUUCUCUUGGUCGUGGACCUGUGAAAUCUGUCUCUAAAACUCCCAAAUCAGCUCCUGUAGUAGCUCAAACCUUACCGAGAAAUAAAGCUAGGGUUUUGAAAGAUAUCAAGCUGAAAGACAAUGUCUCUGGGCAGCAACCCUUGAAAUGCAAUAGAACCACUACAUUGCCACGUUUGGGGCAGUCUGGGAAGAGACCCGCCUGCAAGAGUACUGUGAAAUCGAACAAAACUUCAGCUUUAGAUGAGUUUUCUUCUGGUUCUAGAGAGCUUAAGCAAAAAGAGAGAGGAUCUAAUGUGAGAAUUCCAGACAAGGGUGCCCAUUUGUCUCCUGUGUCUGAACUAGGAACUGGAUCUGGUCUAGGCUACGGGAAUAGCGGUAAAGUUGUGGCUGAUGGUAGACCAAGCAACGGUAGUAGCUCUAGAGACAGGACACCCCCAGUACAGGAAUCAGCAUCUCCGGAGAUACAGUGUGGAUCUUCCAUGAUCUUGUCAGAGGCAACAAAAACACAAACUUGUUACGCCACUGGGCAUAUACUUUCGGGUAUCAGUGAUAAGAGGAAAUGCAGGCCUAAAGGGAUUCUCAUUGUAGGUGAAAAUGGUUUGAAUGUGAGUAAGCCAAAGCCGCUGAAUAAUUUUGAUGAUGUUGAUGGAACAGAUUGGGACAAUAGAGAUUCUACUGCGUCAAUGAUGCCUUUGCCUGCUGAUGCAUCUAUGCAAUGGCUUUUAUCUCCUUGUGACGAGGAGAAAGACCGGGAGAAGGAUACGUUCAAUGACGGUUUGUAUCAGUUUCGAGAGGUUGUUGGGUGUGAAGGCUUGAAGACCCCUUCGCCACUAUUGGAUCGGAGUAUCUCUUCAGAUAUAUGCAAUAUCAGUAGCGGUAGAAGUCUUGCUCGAGAGCAUAGUGGUAAAGGGAUGAGGAGAAGUACAGGUUCUUUGGUUUCUCCAAUAGAGUCUUCUCAGUUAAGAAAUUUUAUCCACCUUCCAUCUGAUAAGGGUUUAGCUUCAGCAUAUGAUACUACUCUGACUUGUGAGGUAGAUCCUUCUCUGGAUCUAAAAGAACUGAGAAGUCAUCAGUCUGAUAAAGGGGACAAAACGUCGCCCUCCUCCAUUGACACGUUGGGAAGUGAGAAUGUGAUUCAAACACCAGAAUCCAACUCAAGCUCAGACAAGUAUCGCGGUGUCUCAUGGCUCCGAGCUGAAAGACAUGACCUUGGUUCAGAUUUUGAUUCGUUAACAGUUGAUCUUCAGUCGCCAGUGAGUCAGGCUUCGUAUUGGGAUCCAAACAGUUCAAGCUUUCAGUUUGAAUCUCUGGCCAUAUCUUCUGAUUCUCUUGAUCUUUCACAGUUUCCGAGGGUGUUGAGCAACAGAAGGUCAUGUAAUUCUGAUUCAACAUUCGGUAACAUGUCACAGACCCAUGUGAGAAUAUCAUGGAGGGAAGAAAUAAACAGCCAGAUACCCGAAACCGAUGAAGCAGAAUAUGUGAAUGGUUCAAGUGUCAAACAACAUACGAAACCUCAACGGAUUCAGAAUACGGGCUUUGACACGAGAAGUGAUGGAAGAGAUGAACGGCGGUCUGGACAGAUUGCCGGCAAGGAAACUGCUCCUGCAGAAAAAGUCAGACAACUGCUCCAUACCGCCGUUCCAUGUUCAGCAGCAGAGUCAAUAAGCACUGACGGUGGAAGCCUGAUUCAUUCAGAGGAUUCGGAAUGGAUGUCAUGUUACAAGAAUCACUUUCUUGGAUUAUAGUUUAGCAUUCUUAAUCACUUCCCUAACCGAUCACUGAAGGGACCUUUCUUCUCUCCUUUGUUACUUCCACGUUUCCACUGUAGAAGGGGUUUUCUUAAGAAAUUGCCAAUAGUUUCAGUUUGUGGUCUUUCAAUAAAAUGUACUAAUGCAACAUCAAUUACGGUAUGUAUAUGUGUAUACAUGUAUGCAUCG